UGGUUAUUAAAUGAUUGUUUUAUAUUCUAUUUUUAAGAUGCCACGAGGGUCAACUAUAACCACAUGCGUGAGCUGCAAAGCAGCUAUUGGUGUGGCCACCAAGACCUGCAAAUAUUGCCAGUCAGUACAGCCAAGAAAACAAAGACUGGCAAAAAAACUUCAGAAAUUUGAGGCCAGGAAGGAGACGUGGUUGAAAAACCAAAACAAAAACCAAACCACCUCUCAUGUUAUUGACGAGGCAUCUGUUUUGGUCGAAAAGUUAAACACAUUAGGGUACAAGGCCAUAGUCUUCAUUGGGAAAAAAAUGAAGAAGCAAAAAACUUGGUCUGCACAAGUCAUCCAGCCAAAAUGGCAGCUGUCAGACAACUCUCAAAAAUGCCUUGACAGAAUGAAGGCUCUAUUUGAACUUUUAAUUAAUGGUUUUACUAACCAGCAGCUCACCACCAGUCCUCCUCCCAUGCAGUCCACCACCAGUCCUCCUCCCAUGCAGUCCACCACCAGUACUCCUCCCAUGCAGUCCACCACCAGUACUCCUCCUAUGCAGUCCACCAUCCAGCAUACCACUAGUCCUCCUCCCAUCCAGUCCACCACCAGUCCUCCUCCCAUGCAGUCCACCAUCCAGCUUACCACCAGUCCUUCUAUCAUCCAGCCCACCAUCCAGCUUACCACCAGUCCUUCUAUCAUCCAGCCCACCACAAGUCCUCCUUCCAUCCAAUCCACCAUCCAGCUCACCACCAGUCCUCCUAUCAUCCAGCCCACCAUCCAGCUCACCACCAGUCCUCCUAUCAUCCAGUCCACCACCAGUCCCCCUAUCAUCCAUCCCACCAUCCAGCUCACCACCAGUCCUCCUAUCAUCCAGUCCACCACCAGUCCUCCUAUCAUUCAGUCCACCAUCCAGCCCACCAGAAGUCCUUCUCCCAUCCAGAACACCACAAGUCCUCCUAUCAUUCAGUCGACCAUCCAGCCCACCACCAGUCCUACCAUCCCACCCAUCACAGAACCACCUCAGCAGAAAUGCAAUAUGUCUGCAAACAAAAAAAAGAAGCAGAAGAAUUCUGCAGCCUCAGACAUGCCAAGAAGGAAGAAACUGAGGGGGGAAAAAUCACCUAAAGAAUGUAACCAUGGGAUCCUAGAAGGAGAAUCUUACUACCCAGUGAAGAGGGUGAUCCGCUGCAAAAUGCAGAAGGGGAUCCAAAUGAAGUUGGUGGAAUGGGAGCCCUGUUCACUCUGUGGGAAAACUUGGCCGAAACAGUGGGUGACGGAGGAGAACACAAAGAAUUAAAGAAAAGUUUAAUCCCAUUGUUUUUUUCCAUAAGCUAUGUGUUUGUUGUUUUACAGUAUAUUAAAAAUUGCUGAGUUUGCAAAAGCUUGAAAGAUCUAAGACUUUGAUGUAUUUGUGUUUUAUUUUAUAUAAAAUCAUUAUCAAGAACAAAAAAGAUAACAUAAAAAACAUGUAACCAAAGGUGUGCAAACAGACUUUGCUAACAUGAGAGGCUGAGGACACAAGUCUAUUUAUGUAUACAUUGUUUUUGUAUAUACUGUCCAACAUACAAUUAUUUUUGUCAAAACAUAAAUAAAUACUUAAAAUAAACAAAAUGUCUUUCUCAAAGAAAACAUAACAAAUGUAACUAAAAAACUGUAGUAGUUUUAAUAAGAUUUAC